AUGAACCUGACGCAGAAGAAGUGCCUCCUGUGGGCGGCCUGGGGCCUCCUGACCAACCUGGCCAUCUUCUGGGCGCUGUGGAGCCGGAGGCGGGCGCCGGCGCCGGAGGCGGGACCGAGGCUGAGGCUGAGGCUGGGCCCGGGCCCAGGCCCGGGCCCGGGGGGGAGGCCGCCGGGGGCCUUCUGGAAGCCCGAGUGCCCGCUCCCGUCGGUGUGGAACCGGGAGCAGGCCAUCCUGGCCCGGGGGGCCGGGCCGCCGGAGGCGGGGGAGGCCCCGGUCCCGGCGGCGGGGGCCCUCCUCCCGCCCCGGCAGCGCUGCCGGCCCGACACGGGGGUGGCGGGCAGCUUCGUCGACUUCCAGCACCUGCCGCAGCAGAUGAAGGACUUCCUGCUGUACCGGCGCUGCCGGGCCUACCCGCUGGUGCUGGAGCCGCGGGCCCCUUGCCGGGGCAGGCCGGGCACCCCGCGGCUGCUGCUGGCCAUCAAGAGCCAGGCGUCCAGCUUCGCCCGGCGCCAGGCCAUCCGGCAGACCUGGGGCUCGGGCCAGGCGGGGGGCCGGCUGCUCUUCCUGCUGGGCCAGCAGCGGGGGGGCCCGCCCGACGGCCACCCGGACCUGCGGGGGCUGCUGCGCUACGAGAGCCGGCGGCACGGCGACCUGCUGCAGUGGGCCUUCCGCGACACCUUCUUCAACCUGACCCUCAAGGAGGUGCUCUUCCUGCCCUGGCUGGUGCGGCGCUGCCCGGGCGCCCGCUUCGUCUUCAAGGGCGACGACGACGUCUUCGUCAACACCGGCCGCCUGCUCGACUACCUGGCGGCGCUGGGCCCGGGCGAGGCCCGCGACCUCUUCCUGGGCGACGCCAUCCUGGGGGCCGCGCCGGCCCGCGACCCGGCCCUCAAGUACUACGUGCCCGGCGCCUUCUACCGCGGCCUCUACCCGCCCUACGCCGGCGGCGCCGGCGUCCUCUACUCGGGCCGCCUGGCCCGCCGCCUGGCCCGCGCCGCCCGCGCCGUCCCCCUCUUCCCCAUCGACGACGUCUACACCGGCAUGUGCCUGCAGCGCCUGGGCCUGGCCCCCACCCCCCACCCGGGCUUCCGCAGCUUCGGCAUCAACGCCAGCGACCGCUGGGACCCGUGCGCCUACCAGCAGCUCUUCAUGGUGCACCGCCGGAGCCCGCAGGAGAUGGUGCAGCUCUGGCGGCUGCUGCGCCAGCCCAACAUCACCUGCCAGUGAGAGCGGAGAGGGGGAGGCAAGGCCUGGUCCCGGGCCCCGGCACA